GAAAAUAAAACGAAAUAAACUGAAGCUUUUUUUAAUUAAUUGACUCUCCAUUAAGGAGUCUUCGUCGAAAGCCGUCUACGGAGCUUCUCUAAAGCAUCUCUGUUAUGUCAUCCCUAAAUUUGAAGCCCCAUUAAACCCUUUUUCUACAAUCUCCUGGCCAACAGAUUGGAGGUUCUCAAAACAAAAGAGAAGCUAAGGUCUUGACUUUAUUUUACUAUAAGUUUGAAGUUGUGAGAUGGCAGAGAAAGCAUGUGUUAAGCGUCUUCAGAAAGAAUAUAGAGCACUCUGUAAAGAACCAGUCUCCCAUGUUGUUGCACGUCCAUCCCCAAAUGACAUUCUUGAGUGGCAUUAUGUCUUGGAGGGAAGUGAAGGGACACCUUUUGCAGGUGGAUACUACUAUGGAAAGAUCAAAUUUCCCCCGGAAUAUCCAUAUAAACCUCCUGGAAUCACCAUGAUCACUCCCAGUGGAAGGUUCAUGACACAAAAGAAAAUCUGCUUAUCUAUGAGUGACUUUCAUCCAGAGAGUUGGAACCCUAUGUGGUCUGUAUCAAGCAUACUUACGGGGCUUCUCUCGUUCAUGAUGGAUACUAGUCCUACCACUGGCAGCGUGAAUUCGACCCCUGCUGAGAAGCGGCGUCUAGCCAAAGCAUCUCUUGCUUUCAAUUGUAAGAAUGCGGCAUUCAGGAAAAUGUUUCCAGAGUACGUGGAGAAGUAUAACCAGCAGCGGCUUGCAGAGCAGCAGGUUUUGGACCAGGUGUCGCCAGAUGUGCCACAAGAAGAAAAUUCCAAACCCAAGGUUGAAAAAGUUGGUAAUUUGGAGGACGUGAAAACUGUAGAUACCCUGAAGGACACCACAAGAAACAAUAAGCAGCCAUUCCCAACCUGGAUGAUGUUGCUGCUGGUUUCCAUCUUUGGCGUUGUAAUGGCAUUGCCUCUACUUCAACUUUGAUAUAUCUAGAUCAAAAAUUGAUAAGUCUAUAGUGGGUAGUGGACAUACAGGCUUUUGCUAGUCUAAAAAAAAAAUCCUUUGUGCUUCUUAGUUUUGUGAUGUACUUAAGCAUAACUUCUGUAUAGCGAUUUUCACCAAGGAGAGGCCCAGUUGGAUCCCUGGUCUGUUGCUUCUCCUUUAAUGUUGAUGUUGGUAGUUAAAUCAAUGUUCCAACAUAACAUGUUUGCUGAUGUUAUUCUAUAUUUUUGGUCAAAUUUUCCGUUGGUGUGUGGAUUGGCACUUGUGAUCUCUCUCACACUCUCUCUUUUGACACAGAAUUUAGAAUGCAAACAAUGUAGUUUGUUAA